UCCCUUUAUGCUAGAGAGAGUGUUGUUGUGAACUACAUUUCUCUCUCCUUUUGGCAAUGGCAGCUCUGCACUCUCUUGCAUUGUCCUCUCCGUUCUCCAGCUCACUUCACAAACCACGCUCAUACUCAGUUCCAUGUUCAAUUGUUCAUCAAAGUAGAAACUCCUCAUUCAAUGGGCAAACUUUGCGGAUGCCAUAUUUGAGGUUACGUAUGGUAACACAAAGCAGUGCCAUGCAGAUGCCUGUUAUGAUGAUGUUGAAACCAAAGAUACAGUUCAUCCAGGGAACUGAUGAGCAAACAAUUCCUGAUGUGAGGCUGACAAAAUCAAGGGAUGGAACAAAUGGCAUGGCUAUCUUCACAUUUGAUCAACCUUCAGUUUUCGAUUCUUCAGGUGAAAUAGGUGAUAUCACUGGAUUUUACAUGAUUGAUGAAGAAGGAGUCCUUCAGUCAGUUGAUGUAAAUGCUAAAUUUGUGAAUGGUAAGCCCUCAAUAAUUGAAGCCAAGUACAUAAUGCGGAGUCCAAGGGAGUGGGAUAGAUUCAUGAGAUUCAUGGAGCGAUACUCUAAUGCAAAUGGUUUACAAUUCAUCAAAAAAUGAGUUAAUCUUUUAUUCUUUUGCCCUUUUAUGUGCAUGUAACUUCAAUUUGCAUACUGAUCAUGUCUUUUCUGGCACGAGAUUUUAUGAAAUUUUGCCUCUCCUUCAACUUGGAAAGGUCAUCAUCAUUCAA